UUAUCCUUUAUUUCCUCCUAUUCUUCCCCCUUAGAUAUGAUGCACUGUGUAUCUAUCUGAGGCACAGACCAUGUAAAUAACACACAUACGGUAUCAGAUACUAUAGCUGCCUAUGUGGGAUCUGUGGGCUUGCCAGUUCUGGUUGUGGAAAAAGAAGGAGCCACCUUUUAUAGCUGCAGUCAUUCAGUGUGUUACACAGGGGAUUAAUUUGCCCAAUUUAUUGUCUUGCACAGGUUGAGAAGCUGGAAGCAAAGAAAGUAAUUCUUUUUUCUUUGCCCUGUUGUUUCACCGUUGAUGCCUCAGGGUUACAGCGUGUGUCUGACACACGCAGAACAUUUACAUUUCCCUCUCCCCAUUUCUUCCCAUUGUGUCAAUAAUGGAUGCGGUGGGAGAUCAAACCAGUGACAGAGAUGAGCUGCCUCCUCAUUUUUCCUGGCUGAGAUUCAGAGGAUAAGUUGUUGCUAACCAACAUCAUCUGGUAUUACGGAAGGGAAAACGGUUAACAGCUCGUAUUUAUCCGUAGUCUUAUAUCAGCCAUAAUCUUUAUUCUCUUUGGGCCAGCACUGCCUUAGACAUAGUCGAGGCAGAGGGGAGUAUGCUUGUUUCUAAAUAAAACAACAGUUGCUCUAAGGAGCCCUACAUAAACAUACAUCAGGUAGCCCUGUUUGCCCACAUCAAACCUAUAGCUUGAACUCCCAGUGGCAUUACUUCUACUGGUGGUAUCUUGGGAAUGCUUUAACAGAAGACCAGCUCCGAGGUCAUUAGGAGUGCUUCACGUGAUGGGACUGCAUGUCAGGGUAAUUGUCAAGUUCAGCUGUUCCGGACUUCCUCUGUUCAACAUGCUCUAGCACUAUCUGCGCCAGCUAUCCCUCUCCUCAGAUCUCUUCAUUUAUCUGAGUCCUGCAAGCUUUUCCAGUGGGCAACGGCAGAGUGCCAUCACCCGUCAUGAAGCUCCACUGAUAAUCCCAGUAUUGCCUAGAAUUUCCUAGAAUGGGACUUUUUAAUACAAUUAUAUUUUGUGUUAAUGUUCUUUCUGAAAAAAAGACAUUCAGGUCAGCAGGUCUUCGCUCAGUCUUUCUUGAGGCAAGAGGCAAACCAGAAUCGAUUGGAAGUUUAUUUGAGUGCAGGCGUGUGGGAUUUUGUCAUUGUUUGCACCCACUGUUACUUCCAGAGGAGUUUCAGAAUUGCCCAUCCCCUGCCGCAGGGAUUUCCAGAGUCAUAACUCUGGAGCAAAGACAGAGCAACUCAGCAAUACAAGCAAGUAUGUAGUGAUAAGGCACUGAAAGCUAAACAGAGUUAAGAUUUUGGCAUGGAGAAUAGGUUACUUGCCAAAUAGCUGUUCUCAAGUCACCAGCGACAGUAAUAGAGAUCUCACUUUGUGAUAGAAGCAAGAUGACAAAGCUUACCUCUUUGCUUACUUCAGGCCAGAAAAUAGUACCACAGCUCUUGGAGAUCUGAACCAUGCCUUGUCCAUUCUUGUAUGUUCCCGUAGGCUUUCUUUAUCCACGUGCCCUAAAGGUAAGUAAAUUAAUGAUUUCCUUUUGUACUAAAGAGGAUUACAGGUGAGGAAUCAGGAAAUACCACUCCAUCCAAAGCUUACCUGGGGCCACCUGUUUGUAAGAGUAUGUAAGGAACUGCUUUGUUCAGAGGAAUCCCUCUGGGAAGUUUAGGAGCAGGACUGAGAUAUUAUUUUAUUGCAAGUAGCAUUGUAAGUCCCCUUGCACCAAGGAAGGUCUGUUGCUCUUAAACUGACGUGCAGCUGUGUUUUGAGUACUUUGCUGUUGUGUAUUCAUGGGUUUUUCUGCUAUAAUAGGUAUGUAACACUCUUGAUGUGGUUUAUAAACCUCAGCUUCUGAAAACGGCAGUUCUGUGUUUAAGGAAGUCACCCUAGCAGGGGUAUAUAUCCCCAGGGUGCGUAUCAAAGGGGAGGUGAGUACACCCAGGAAAAGAACAAAACUAUGUACUGCUACUGAAGCCAAUCAAGUGUAAUAUUUAUUAUUUUUCUGUGAACUCGAGGCUAGAAAGUCAGAAUACUUGUGCAUAAUUAAUAUCUAUUGCUUGUACAAUCUACUUAAUAAAUAAAUAUUCUUAUCAAAUGAAACUCAGGAACUCCACGGAUUAAGUGGUAGCUGACUGUACAGACGGAAGAUCUAGAAGCAGUACUGUACAACUCUCCUGUGUAUGAGCAGACUUUCAGUCUGACUUUUAAAAUGCAGUGAGUUAGGAAGGCAAAAGGUUUAACAUUUAACAUACCUGCUUUUUAUACCCAUUUGAACACUGUGGUCACUUCAUUCCGCUGACUUUACACUAGUGUUGUGUGGGCAGAAUUUGAACGUGAUUUUCAAAGUCAUAAGAUUUUUUGGUUUCCUGUAAUCAGAGGUGAAGGCAGUCACCUUGGAUCUCAGCUACUGUUCAAUCCAUUGUAAGGACAAAGACCUAUUACUGCAUAUAGGGUGUCAGUUAUAACUGAAAUAAUAUUCCAAUGUUUGUGUAGAAAUCAUGUAUUUCUUUGCAUUCUUUUGUAAAUGAGGCCAUUAAAAGGGAGUUGCCAUGUCAUUAAAUGUAUAUAAACCCUAUACAAACAUUUUAUGUGAUCAUCAGUAUAAGUGGGGUUUUUUUCCCAAAAUUGUUUCCAUAUGCCUUUUAGAAAUUAGUCUCGUACUAACUUUUUUAGAAGUGUGCAUGUACUGAAUUAGAACAUAAUUGACUUCUGAUUCUUUCUAUAUACUGCAUGGGUACUAAAAUACUUAGGAUUUUUGAGCGUAAUAGUUAAAUAAAAACAUACAAUUUCCUUUCCUACAAAACACACUUGAAUUCUGUUCUUAUGUGAUACUGUCAGAAUUUUUAUACUUCCAUUCUGAACCAGGAGUAUCCUGCCAGAUGCAGGAGUUAUUCCUGGUUUCCCUCUAUAUCCACUGGGCACUGAGACCUCUGUAUCUGAGACAGGAGAAGCUCUCCAGUGUGAUAAAUAUGCCGAGCAGAGCUCCUGAACAAGGGAGCCGCCCUUGAUAGAGUCAGUUCUACCCAGCUGGACAAACCCAGCCUCACCAGAAAGGUCGUCUGACCAUACUCAGCCACUGCUGUUUUCUUUCCAAUUGUUUUUAUCAGCCAUAAAUGUUUCUGAGCUCCAAUCACUACAUUUGUUCCAAACUUGAAAACAACCUCUCAUUCACUCACCCAUACAUUGUUUUUUGUUCCAGAGACACUUGCAGAAGUAGCGAAGUGAUGUGAAGUCACCUUCCAAGAUGACUCUUCUACCUGGAGAAAAUUCCGACUAUGACUAUAGUGCUCUGAGCUGUGCUUCAGAUAAUUCCUUCAACCACACAUUCUUUCCAGAAACAGAAACCCUUAAGGGAGUCUUUUACCAAAGAGCCAAGCUAAUUCACCCUCAAGAGGAUCUCCUGAAAGGCUUUCACCCUGAUGAUCGGAAGCAUCAUAUAAUUAUAAACGUAGGGGGCAUUAAGUAUUUGCUCCCGUGGACCACGCUUGACGAAUUCCCAUUGACACGUUUGGGACAACUAAAAUUCUGUAAUAACUUUGAUGACAUUCUGAACAUCUGUGAUGAUUACGAUGUGACAUGUAAUGAAUUCUUUUUCGACCGCAACCCAGGGGCAUUCAGGACAAUCCUGACCUUUUUGCGGGUUGGAAAACUUCGGCUCUUGCGUGAGAUGUGUGCACUGUCUUUCCAAGAGGAGCUGCUCUACUGGGGAAUUGAGGAAGACAGCUUGGACUGGUGCUGUAAAAGGAGAUAUCUGCAAAAAAUGGAGGAGUUUACAGAAAUAAAUGAACGGGAGGAUGACCUCGUAGAAAAUGAAACAACAGGUGAAACAGUAGAGGAGACAAAAAUUGGCUUGUGCAUGAAAAAGUUGCAAGACAUGGUGGAAAGGCCCCAGUCUGGCCUCCCUGGAAAGGUGUUUGCUUGUUUGUCUGUUUUAUUUGUAACUAUUACAGCGGUGAACUUAUCCAUCAGCACCAUGCCUGACCUGAGGGAGGAGGAGGAAAAGGGCGAGUGUUCCCAGAUGUGCUACAAUAUUUUCAUUGUGGAGUCUGUCUGUGUGGCGUGGUUCUCCCUGGAGUUCCUGCUAAGAUUCAUCCAGGCAAAGAGCAAGUUUGCAUUUUUGCGGAGACCGUUAACCCUGAUAGACAUAAUAGCCAUUCUGCCGUACUACAUCACUUUGCUAGUAGACACCACUUCAGUGGGCUAUAAAAAGCCCAGCUCUGGGAGCAUCUACCUGGACAAAGUAGGUCUGGUCCUCCGUAUUCUCCGUGCCUUGAGGAUUCUCUACGUCAUGCGGCUGGCCAGGCACUCCCUGGGGCUGCAGACGCUGGGGCUGACCGCUCGCAGGUGCACCCGGGAGUUUGGGCUCUUGCUGCUCUUCCUCUGCGUGGCCAUCGCACUGUUCGCACCGCUCCUGUAUGUCAUCGAGAACGAGAUGGCGGACUCACAGGAGUUUACCAGCAUCCCCGCGUGCUACUGGUGGGCUGUCAUCACCAUGACCACGGUAGGCUACGGAGAUAUGGUUCCCAGAAGCAUUCCCGGCCAAGUGGUGGCACUCAGCAGCAUCCUGAGUGGCAUCCUCCUCAUGGCAUUCCCAGUCACCUCCAUCUUCCACACGUUUUCACGCUCCUACAUUGAGCUCAAGCAGGAACAAGAAAGAAUAAUGUACAGGAGAGCACAGUUCUUAUUAAAACCAAAGUCUCAGAUAAGCAAUGCGUCACAAGGGAGUGAUAUUUUAUUCCCCAGUAUCUCUUCUGAGACUAGGGACAAUGAAUGAAAUUUAAGUUACUAUUUCUCCUGAUGUCAAGUAAUGUUUUGUUGUGUCAGGUGCCACCUUCUAAUUUGCUUCGGAAGCAUUUUACAAAGGUAACCCUCAUAUUAAAAUGAAGAAAAGGAGCUAUUAACCAGGAACUGAUGUGGUUUAAGGAGUCUAUUAUUAUGCUGUUUCUUCCCCCCCAGUAUAAUGUAUAGGACAGAUCUUUCACCAAGAUCAUACAGUGGGAUUUUAGAAAUUAAAAGUCCUCUGGCAAAAAAAAAGAACAAUAUAUAAUUAUGUACCUGACAGGCUGUUUUGCCAUUCGUAAUACACAUUUUUCCAACCAAAUCACAAUGUAUAUAAUCAUUAAACAGGCUGCCAUUUUUCUUGUUCUUCUUGUAUAUAAAUAAUGUAAAUACAACAAAAUUAAUGGCUAAAUUCUCUCCCAGUAAAACGCCUUAGAGCGUAAUGGAAAUAACCACAGAUGUUUUUCCCAUUGUGCUCUUAAAAAAACAUUAAGAUUUGUCAUUCACAAUAGCAACUGUAUGUUUCUCUUUAAGUCAGCCCUAAACAUACCAGAAAAGAAGAAUCGAGCUGUUUGUAUCAUAACCUUGCUAAAGAUGUAAAUACUUAUAGCUCACCAGCUUCAAAAUUUAAUUGAAGUUACAGUGUUGAUCCUAUGUCAUUGAAUGCAGUAUUCCCAGGAACAAAGUCUUCGAGUUUUGUAGCCUUUAACAUUAUUAUCAAGAAGUUACUAGCUGCAAAUCAAAUGAAAUAUGCAUGAUGAGAUGCCAGUCGUUCCCUACCAUCUGUUUCCAUGUUUUUACUUUACCUCAGAUAUGAAACAGAAUUAAAAGAGGCCUGUUUCCAGGGGACACCCUACCAUUACUUGGCAAAUCGACGCUGCGGCUAUCCAUUCAGAUUCAGCAUUUGGUUCUUUAAAAGGAGCAGAAAAUACAUGGUCGUGGGAAGUUGCCAAUGAUGAAAAAAAGAAAAUAUCAUUUGAGUCAUGGAGUGGGGGGGUACUGACAGCUUUAUACUUUACUGUCCUCAGUAAUGAGGGACUUAAGACUUAAUUAACUAUACCUUUGCCGUCAUUACAGACAUCAUAGUAAUGGAGAAAAUUUUAAAUAGGAUAUGAAAAAGCAAUUAAGGUCCCAAAACACAACCAUAUAUUCUUCAUCCACAUGUAUGUCUUGGUCUAGGUUCCCCUGCUGAAGUCAGUGGGAACACAUGGGUCAAUGAGACACUCGGGUUUGGCACAGGUUUCUAUGGAGAUUAAUGACAGACCUCCCGUUUAUUUUAGAGGGUAUGAGACUGGCUUGCAUAACAGCUCAGGAGACAAACUCCAGAACUUUAAAAAAAUAUUUAAAUCCACUUACUUGAUUUCAUAUGUGCUCAGAGGUAAAGAAAAGCUAAUCUGAAGCGUUUCACCGUUUUUUCCCCUCUUUUUUGGUAAAUUUACCUAUUAACAGUUAAGAGCUAGGGAAUUUUAGAAGUUCCCAUCGCAUUCACCAUCCUAAUUUUCAAAAUUACUAUUGCUUAUUGGCAUUUGUGGAGCAGCUUACUAGAAAUGUCAGAAUACAUGAUCGGUUUGUGAUUUAAAUUAAAGCCAAGGACACAAACGUUGUCCUUUCAAAAAAGAUAGAAUUAGUUCCUCAGCCUAUGCUGUUUGGCCAAGCCCACAUUACACUGGUUUUCUUUUCAAAUACAAUUUGAAGGUGUUCUGAUAUUCUUAAAGAAUAAUUCCAAAAUUUUAAAAAAUGCACUUUACACAUAAUUAGGACUCUAGCAUUCUUCAGCGUGUCGUAGGUAAAUAUGCCUAUGGAGCAUUACUGCAGAGCGCUAAAAUAUCCAGUCUAAACUCUUGGCAAUUAAUUAUGUGCCAGAGCUACGAAUGUAACCAGCUUUUCAGUCUUGUUCUUCAACUUUAAUUAGAGUUGGACAAAAAACAGGAACAUCAUGACAAAAAAGGGACACAUUUUCCAUCCAAAAUACUCUUAAUUUCAAAACUGAUCAUCUGUAGCAUUAGCUUCAACACAAGUGCUAUACAUUCUUAUACCUUUGUGUCAGCAUUCGUUAUAGAAAGAACUGGUAAUUAGGUUAGUCCUGUGAGCAACAGUUGCUUAUCUCAGAAUGUGUUUGACAGGCUGAGCCAUAAAUAAGAAGCUGUAAGUGAAUAUAAGGAGAAAUCAAGACUUACCAAAUAAAACCUAAGCUUAUUUCCAUGUUAUGCUAGCUAAUAAACGCUGAAGGUCCAUCCAUUUUCUCAAUGUCUUUACAUCAAGUUAAUGCUCAUUUAUUUCAUGUAUCACUUUACUUUUUUAUCGCAAAAUUACAGGUUGAUUCUAGCCCUUGUCCAGAAAAUAAAAAUUAAAAAAAAAACCAAACCACCCUGAAGUCGUGUGUUGGUUGAGCAAACUUGUGAAAGCAUCUUGCCUGUUGCAAGUUCUGCCUAAGCCAGGAACAAAUAAGCCAUCCAGGAUGUACCCCUAUGUAAUUUUGUACUUGGCAACACGUUACUUGUAAGCAUAUCAACAUGUUUUACUAUGAAUCACUGUAACGAACUUGCUUAUGUUUUACAGGAGCCAAUACAUACUGUAGUCCUUGUGCUAAAUAAAUCCAGCUAUAAGUCUUAAGAGCACAACAUUAGUGUGAAACCCACAUGCUGUGUUCCAGCUUUUACUGUGAAGGCUGAGGGUCUAAGAUGAUUAUGCCUCUUUACAGUAUAUUAUCUGCAUUUUUAGUCAAAUUCAUGAAAAUUAUGGAUUGAUUCAAAAGCUGACUGUUUCCAGUGACACAGCUGACAGCUACCAAGUCAGCUAUCACUCCUUUUUUGCAUUUUAACAGCAUGUACAGUCAACAAGAAAGUUCCAAUAAAAACACUUUGUGCUUUUAUGAAGUCAAAAGAAUUGUUUGAAUUGCCACUGAUAAAGUGGUGCAUGUCUCCAAUAGAGAUAGGCUUGCAUUGCUAUUUAUAUUAUCCUCUGUAUACUGCAGUAAUAUGUACAGUAUGAAUUCAAACAGCAGUAGCUGUAUUAAUUUUGAUUAAUAAAGUGUUAGGCUCUCCUUUAAUUUUCAUGUGCUUCUUACGGUAUAGAAAGACUGUCGCACGUGCUAUAGGCAUGCUUGACAACCUGGGGUCAAUAUAAGUGAGUGGCAGCUAAGGGAGGAUUUGGGCUAUGAGCAUUGCUUGCUGAAGCAGGCUGGCUGUAAUAGAAAGCAUUUAUUAGGGAAGAAAAUUAUCUCAGUAUAGAAAAACCUAGGUACCAAUUGAGCAGCUUGUAUAGGGAAACCUCUUUCUUGCAUGUUGUCCCAAGAAUCACACUCACAGUUAAUUGGGACAUAACUUUAAAAUAUUUUAACCGUUUAACCAAAGAAUCUAACAGAUUCAGAAAAGAACAUGAAGGAUCUGUGGAGACUGAGAAAAAGAAAAAUCCCUGAAAAAAACAGAAUUUCCAGGUAAGGUGGUAUAUAAAAUUACUUUCUCCAAAAUCUUUCCAUCCUCCUUCCUCAAAAACAAUAACAAAAGCGAAAAAAAAUCACUUGGUGAGUGCAACACUAAUAAAUGAAGACAGAGCCACAAGGUUUCUCUAACUGUACAUCAAAGAACAUAAUUUGCAAGGUGAGUUGGAAUAAUUUGUAUUACACCAACAUUCAUUACGGGUCAAGGUCUUAAGGAAAUUUCUCUUUAGGGAAUACAUAGGACUUGCCUCCAUUUGUCCCUUUAUAUUUUUUCCACUGUAAUUCUGUACUCCAGAUUUCCAUAGUCGGAGGCUUUAGUAGUGUCAUUGAAUAGUCAGAGUCUUUAGCAAUGUCCAAUUAAACAAUUAAAAAAAUCAUGCAGAACCGAAUCAGGGAUUCACACAUCAUCAGAUGCAUGUCUGGGAAGGAAAACUGGCAUGCUUUAUACAUUCAUGUCUUGUGUGGGUAGAGUUUAACUGGGUAUUCAGGCUGAUGCAAAAGCAAAAGUUUUUGCUGUAGAAGGUUCUCAUUCCUAUGCUAUAGCUCUCCUCUGUAACCAAAACCAAAGUUUCAUAUGAAUCUCUGUGAACAAAAGCUUUCUACUCAAACAGUCCUUGAGGCUACAGACUAAGACUCAGAGUAAAAAUUCAUUUUAGGCACUUGCCAAAGUGCCUGAAGAGGCGGCCUUGUCAAAAGAUCUGAAUCACCACUGGGAGAUACAUAGUCUUCUCUAUUUCUUAUUUUUUAACAGAGGGAGCCUAGAAUGAACUAGAUCCCUAAUUCAGGUGUUACAUUAAAAGGCCAAUAUUAGGACAGAUGAAUUGGAGCCUUAUUCUUCAGCUGCACAGAACCACCAACAUCUACCAGCACUAACUCCACAUUACUUGUCCUUUCCACAUCUCACUCACUGUAUGUGGGGACCAAGGAAUAUGAAGCAGCACAAAGAAUCCAGAUCCAGAGACAUCAGCUUGUUCUUGGUCAGGGUCAGUUUGAAACAAUAAGACAGCAGCAAAUAGAACAGUUCUUGGCAGCUCAUGUCUGACUGUAAAAUAGUUUAGUUCCACACAAUUACUGGGUUUUUUUGUUUUUUUUUUUUUGCUUAGCUGAGAAAAAAGACUAGUAAGUUAAAACAAGAAGAAAGGAACAGAUACUUCUCAUAACAAAGCUACAAAAUUUCACACCCCUCUCUUGGAUUUGCAACAGGCUGAAAAAACUGGACUGGAUAAUCCUAAACCUACAUAGAUGUAAUUGACUGCAUUUAAUCAGAAAUUAAACAAAAAAGUGACAAAUGUGACUUUGAAGACUGUGACAUCAAUCUCUGCUCACAUGUCUGUCAGUGACGUUAACCCCUAACCUGACCAGUUAACUCUGGCCCAGGUGUCAGAGAGUUUCACCAUUUUCACAUUCAUUACUCAGGAUUUUCAUUUCUAUCAGUAGUUGCUACAAUAGUAUAUGUGCCAGUUUUUUCUGUGUUAAUAGUUCUGUUGGCUACCUUAUGCAAGAUUUGACAGUGAAUUUAGUAUCUGUUUAUCCAAAAGAUGAUAUGGGUACCAAAAAUACAGGAAAAAAAAAAAAAGCCCAAGUACAAUGCCUUCUGAGAUGGUGGAACUGUGGUAUCCCAUAGGCACAAAGAGUGCAACCAGAGAAACCAGACAGAACUGAAGGCUUGAAACUACAGUUCAUGACAGCAGAUGAAUGUCACCCCUGUCAACAAAAAUACACUUCAGAAGUUCUAUUGAUAAAACAGAAAACACUUAACACUAGAUUUACCCACUCACUCAUUUACCACUUCCUCUGUGGCAUUUUAACAAUCCCAUUUUGGCAUUACUAAUGAUCUCAGUGUUCCUAACAUAGUAAUGAUCGUAUAAAAAACAGGAAGGUGAAGAUCCAAAACUUGUACUUCACUGAAUCAAUUCAGCUCUGUGCAUGUUCUGUCUUGCCUUGUAACAUUAGAGUGUAAGUCCUUAGGACAGGAUACCUUGUUUGGCAGCUGUCAGUCACUAUGUAAAAUCAUACACCACAAAUAAAGAUAAAUUUCUACACUACAAAUAAAGUCAAGGAGAAUUUUGCCUGUGCUGCCAAACUGAAAAUGUUCAGUUUGGCCUAUUAAUUAUUAACAAUAAAACCACACCUUUCUCCCUUUU